GUACGAUUGGAAGUCCGGGUGUUAUAGGUUAAUAUAGGCAGUGGACGGAUAUCUACGAGUCGGGUCGAUAUUUUUGAAUUUAAAAUUCGAUGUAGGCCGAAAGUGGUGUGUAAUUGUAAUGUUUUUGAAUAAUACCGUGAGAAAGUGCUAAUUUUUAACAGGAUUAAAACAAAAGAACUUUUUAAUCCCAACCGCAAAAGCGUAUUAGUAAAGAAUUAAAAAUGAAUUAUUGUAAUUAUGUCCCGCUAAACAUCGCAUAAUCAUCAUCGUCUUGAAUUUCACAUUCAAUUUGAAUUAAAAAUAAAAGACAUUCCCCAAUACAGCAAUUUGCCAGCUUAAUGCAUCCAAACAUUGCAAAUUAAUUGUGAGUCGAAAAUUAAAGACUGAACAUGCAACUGUCUGAAACAAUAUAAUGAUUUCAAAAUGCUACACCAGUGAAAAGUUGGAAAAGUUGCAUGUUACACAGCAAUAAUUACAGCUGAAGUGAAUAUGAACCAAACGAUGUCUGCUGGUGGAAAAUAGUGGUGAAUUUACCGGAAAAAUUAGUUUCAUUAGUAAGAGCGAAAUAAAGUUUGAAGAAAAAGCUAAUACCCAGCCCCCCUGUUAUUAUCAAUUUAAUUUUUCCUUUCUGUUUUGGCUCGGCAGAACAAAAAAAAAAUUGGUAUAAAGGGAAAUGUUCACGUUCCAAUGAAUAAUUUAUAGUUAGAGUUAUUUCAUGUGAUAAUACAAAUUGAGCAGUGGAAACAAAAAAAAGUUCUAAAAAAAAUAAAUUAAAAUAAAAUAAAAAAAGCGGAAAACAACAAAAUGUCUAAAAAAUAUUUGGUGAAACAGAAAAAAUGUCGAAAACAUCAAAAUUGGAUUACGCAUUAUUGGAUAUUUUCAAUAUUUUUUGUGGAUAUUUUCACACAACAUGGGACAGCAGCUAACAUAUUACCGGAUGAAAAUGGUCCGUUAUCCGAGGUGCAAACAGCCAUUGGACUUGAAGUAUCAUUACCAUGUGAUUUGAUUCCUGCCAGUGCCACUUUAAUUCAAGACAAGGUGACGUUGGUGAUCUGGUAUAAGGAAGGAAACCUUAAGCCGAUAUACACACUCGAUGCACGAGGUAAACCGCUCCAGCAAGCCGUACACUGGGCUGAUCACGAUGUCCUGAAAUCCAAAGCACAUUUCUAUUACGACAGUCAUCCGCCAGCGUUACGAAUAAGACAGGCUCGUCGUGACGAUGCUGGAUUGUACCGGUGUCGUGUGGAUUUUCAGAAGUCACCAACUCGAAACUGGCGAAUCAAUUUAACCGUACUGGUGCCACCCACAGAACAAAUUAUUCUCGACAACCAAGGUGCCACAAUGACUGAAAAUACCAUUGGGCCAUACCGUGAGGGUGUUAGCAUAAAUGUCACAUGCAUGUCAAGUGGUGGCAUUCCACCUCCUAGAGUAUCAUGGUGGAAAGAGCACGCUUUGUUGGAUGACUCUUUUGAAAUUCUUCCAGACGGUAGUGUUAAAAACGUAUUGCACAUACAGAAACUUCAGCGCAAAGACUUAAACAAUGUGUACACCUGCCAAGCGAGCAAUGGUCAUGUGGUGCCGCCAUUGUCAAGUACCGUCAAACUGGAAUUGAGGUUGCCACCACUUUAUGUUUUAAUACAAGGCUUGAAUCACCCCUUGAUCUCAGGAGUACGAACUCAGAUUUCAUGCAUUCAGACGGGAGCCAGACCACCGCCACAAAUUGUAUGGAACAAGGGUGGAAUUGUAAUGCGUGGCGCAGCACAAACGACAUCAACCGACGGAAACAACACAAUAUCUGAAUUGGUUUUCCUGCCAGUGCCUGAGGAUAAUGGCAAAUUAGUCACGUGUUCGGUGACGAUGGAUACAAUUGCCGGCGGUGCUGGUGUAUUCAUGAAAGACUCUCGAGUUUUGGAUGUCAAACAUGCACCGAUUGUGUCGCUUACCCUUGGGGCUCCGUUGGAUCCGUUUAAUUUAAUGAAGGGCUCAGACGUGUAUUUGGAAUGCGAAAUACGAGCGAAUCCAUCAGCAAAACGUGUAGAAUGGUUUCACAAUGAUAAACAACUACAGUCGUCUCGUGGAAUAAUUAUAGCAAAUCAGACGUUAGUAUUGCAGGGUAUUUCGAAAGCCACUCAUGGACAGUAUAUGUGCCGAGCUACAAAUCCCCAGGGAACUGUCGGCAGUAAUGAAGUCUAUUUGGAUGUUAAAUAUCCACCAGUGUGUUCUUCCGAAUCAACAAUAAUUAGAGCAGCCAUUAAACAAACCGUUAAUGUUUCCUGUGAGGUCGAUUCGAAUCCGAUGCUCAAUUUAACAUACAAAUGGACAUUUAACAAUACACUUGAAAAUAUCGUUGAGCUACCGUCACUGGAGACGGCUACGAUCGAUUCGAAUAAUGUGGACGGUGAACCGUAUGCGGAACCGAUUUACUCGAACAUUGUGUACCAGCAGAGUUAUCAGAGUUUCGGGAAAAAUAAAUUCUCGCAACGGUAUCUGGACGCACAAUUGAAACAGAAUCCCGGAAAUGUUUAUCCGUACAAGGUGGAAACGGCACAGCAAUUUGGGACGAUAUCGUGCGUUGCACAGAAUGCCAUUGGACAGAGUAGUCCGUGUCUGUACCACAUAAUGGCUGCAGAUGUUCCCAGUCCGGUUCGUAAUUGCACAUCGUACAAUUCGACGGCGAAUUCAAUUCAGAUAGCUUGUAUACCCGGCAAGGAUGGUGGUAUUCAACAGUACUUUCAUGUCGAAAUCUUCGAUGACAUGACCAAAACGAUUUUGUACAACACGUCCUUUAAAAGCUCAGACUUUGUGCUGAAAAGGCUUCCGAGUGACAGUACCUUCAAAAUACGAGUCACAUCGUACAAUUUGCAAGGUUCGAGUUCGGCAUUCCGACUGAGGGGACGAACGUUGCCUGCUCCAUUGCUGAGAACAGCAUCGUCAACAGCAGUUCUUGUUCAAUUAACGCCGCUGCUGGGAGCACUUGUUGGCGUUGUGGCGACUCUAUUUUUAGUAGCAAUUUGUAUCGUGAUUUUCGUUAAGUUUCGGAGUAAAGGCAACACAGGCGGCUGCAACGAGACUACAACCACCGAACCCGAUAAAGGAAGCGCCGAACCUCUCAGCCGCAAUAUGGGCAGCCAUUCAAGCAUCGAAGACAAAAAUCCGGACGUUGUGCCACAGGAAAACAGCGACGACGAGUAUACAUCCGAAGAGAAAGCAUUCGAUCGGCUGACGGUUGAUUCUCAUCGUAUCAUCUAUACGCCCCAUCUGAACACCUCACCGCCAUCACUAUCACCGACCAGUUUCACAUCCAAGCCUUACGGCGAAUUAUCAUUGACCACGAAUCCGGCAUUCGCUCUAUACAAUUCACCGCAACGUCGACCGCCACAAUACACCGCACCGCCAAUAUUGUCCAAUUCGAACAUAUACACUCGCAUACCAUCGCGUGCGUUUACUCCGUACGAUACACGAACAUCGCCGGUGUCGUCCAAUUACGGCCUAACAAUGCCAUUGUUGAUGCAAACCAACGGUGCAACGCUAAGUAAUGUGGACGAAAAGUCAUGAGAAUUACCGAAAUCCAGUAAAAUUGAUUGCGUUACGGCGAAUGCUGACCGAACGACCGUUGUGUGAAUAGUUACGAAUUUCGGAACAGAAUGCCAUGGAUUGAAAUCAUAUCAGUUUUAAGUCGUUUAAAUAUAUGGAAAUCUUUUAUAAAUAUAGACGUGUCUAAGUGUAACUUUGUUCGACAGAGUGGGAUGUGCGAUGAGGG